CCUCCCCGGCAGUCGGCUGCCGGAAGCAUUUACUCCAUCGAGACCUCGUCUCUGUCUCACCAGUCCACACAGUCUUAUGCUUCUACCUCCUCCGCAGCGCCACAGAUUCGCGUUGAAUGGUAUCGCAGCAUAAUCAAGCUGUUGAUGGAGGAUAUGCUGAAGUAUGCUCCGGACUUCCCUUUGCAACUGCGCUGGAUCUAUGCGGAAAUACAGCAAUGCCCACUCCUCCAGUCGACCAACACCGUCCUCUGCAAUCUCGUCUUCCUCCGGGGGCUCUGUCCGUCACUGUCAAUGCGGUCGGAUGGAUCACUGGCUCAGGACACUCGAGUAAGUGGGUGCCCCUACGCGUGGCUAUAA